AUGUCUUCUUCAAAUCCAAGGAGGCAGAGACAGAGAAAAAAGCCUCAUGGGAAUGGCAAUGACGAUGACGAUGAUCGGGGUACACCUAGACGAGGGAAGAAACUAGCCCGUUCUAAAGGUGCAAGCCGACGAUUUGCUUGUCCAUUUGCUAAAGCAUUUCCCGAUUCUCUUCGCAAUUGCCAUGAGCGUGGUGGCUUUGAAAACACGUCUCGCGUAAAGGAACACAUCUACCGAAAACAUCUUGUCUUUCAAUGUCCACGUUGUAACAAGGCUUUCCGCCAGAAACGAGAGCUCGAUGAGCACGUCCGAGCUAUUGAGCCCUGUGAAACUACUAUGUAUACCCCUUCUAGACUCGCAAUUAACUACAAUGGGUCGAGGGUAGAGAGGCUACGAAGUCGGGGAGACCUGCGAAACUUGUCGGAGGAGCAAAAGUGGUUUAGAAUCUACGAGACCAUCUAUCCAACUGCUAACCCUCCGUAUCCAUCUCCAUACGUUGAUGAACAUGCAAACCUCUUGAGACAAGAGUUGAAGCAAGAGCUACGGGAAGAACUAUAUGUAGAGCUGCGGGAAGAGUUGGCGCAAGAACUGCGACAAGAGCUACAGCAAGAUCAUAGUUCUUCUCCUGACAUAGCCACUGAACUUGUCACCCCGGAAAGCACCAGCGGCGAAUAUGAAUUCAGCUCUUUUAUCAACCCGAUAUCGCUUCUGCAGGGAGAAGCACUGAUGUACUGGGAGUAG